UGUGCUCAGGUGCACCUCUCUAGGCCCCACGGCCGUUGGUGACCGUUGGCACAAACCGAUCCUCGUGAGAGGGGCCGGUAUAAAGGUGUGGCUGGGCCACCGCAGCGGGGAAGGCGAGGGGGUUGAGGGCUUGUGCCCUCGGCUGGCCACGUGACGAUGGGGGGGAGCGCGCGGAACCCUGGAGUCCUGCAAGGGGACCAGGCAUCUGACCAGUCUCCGUACCAGAGAUUAAGUCGGAGGAUGCUGGACAUUUCCGGGGACCGGGGCGUGCUGAAGGACGUCAUCCGAGAGGGUGCCGGAGAGCUGGUGACCCCCGAUGCUUCCGUGCUAGUGAAAUAUUCUGGAUAUCUGGAGCAUAUGGACAAACCUUUUGAUUCUAAUUGCUUUAGGAGAACUCCUCGGUUGAUGAAACUUGGAGAGGAUAUUACACUCUGGGGCAUGGAGUUGGGCCUUCUGAGCAUGCGAAGAGGAGAGCUGGCCAGGUUUCUGUUCAAACCAACCUAUGCCUAUGGAGCGCUGGGCUGUCCUCCCUUGAUCCCCCCCAACACCACCGUCCUGUUUGAGAUCGAGCUGCUUGACUUCCUGGACUCUGCAGAGUCCGACGAGUUUUGUGCCCUUUCAGCUGAGCAACAAGAUCAGUUUCCACUUCAGAAGGUCUUAAAAGUGGCAGCUACUGAGCGGGAGUUUGGCAACUACCUUUUCCGCCAGAAUCGGUUCUGUGAUGCCAAAGUGAGGUACAAGCGGGCCUUGCUGCUUCUCCACCGACGAUCAGCACCCCCCGAAGAGCAGCACCUGGUGGCAGCAGCCGAGCUUCUGGUUCUCCUUAACCUGUCCUUUACAUACCUGAAGCUGGAGCGGCCUACCACGGCCUUGCGCUAUGGAGAACAAGCUCUGAUCAUCGACCAGAAGAAUGCUAAGGCCCUCUUCCGGUGUGGACAGGCCUGUCUUCUCAUGACUGAGUAUCAGAAGGCCCGGGAUUUCCUAGUCCGAGCCCAGAAGGAACAGCCCUUCAACCACGAUAUCAACAAUGAGCUGAAGAAACUGGCCAGCUCUUACAAGGACUAUACAGAUAAAGAGAAAGAGAUGUGUCACCGAAUGUUUGCUCCUGACGAUAAUGGCUCUACAGUAGGAGAGAAUUAAAGAUUCUUCAAGUAACCUGCGAACGGGAGUGGCCAG